UUUUCAGGCAGGUUCUCACUCUGUCACCCAGGCUGGAGUUCAGCGGCUGGAUCUCGGCUCACUGCAGCCGCCACCUCCUGGCUCGGGUGAUCCAGCUCAGCCUGAUCGCUAGCAGCACAGGCCACCGGGCUGGUUUUUAAAUAUUGUUUUGUCGAGACGGAGUUUCACACGUUGCCCUGGCUGGUCUUGAACUCCUGGACUCAUGCGAUCCGCCUGCCUCGGCCUCCCAAAGGGCUGGGAUUACACGCACGAGCCACCUCGCCUGGCCUGAACCCCCUAUUUAAUGUCAGAAAUUUGAUUCGACUUUACAGAGAAAUUCCUGAGAAACUCCCCAGAACGGGGUCCCUGGAGCCUUUGGAGCGUAAUGUUAAGCUGGCAGGGCUGUUGCAGCCCUCGCAGAACUCCCCUGUGGAGGAUUCGCCCCUUUGGUGACUCAUUGGUUCUGCCCGUUUUCGGACCCUCUGAGCUUUCAGCAGGUGGAGGAAGGCAGAGAGAGAGCUGAUAUUCUUGGUCCAUGCCAGUACUGCUGAAGCCAUGAUAGGACUUUCAGUUCCCUUUCUUGGUGGAGGCCAGCACAGGGGAGAGUGGGUGCUGACACGUGCUAGAAGCUGGAAGGCUGCUGGGGGCUGUCAGGCUCUUGAGACGGGAGGUUUCCAGAUAGGACAGGGGCAGACCCCUCCUCCUGUAGAGAGUGGUGCCGCCGUCCCCGGGAUGUACAUGCAGGUGGAGACCCGCACCAGCGCCCGCCUCCAUCUGAAGAGGGCUCCAGGUAUCCGGUCCUGGUCCCUGCUGGUUGGAAUCUUGUCGAUUGGCCUGGCUGCUGCCUACUACAGUGGAGAUACCCUGGGCUGGAAGCUCUUCUAUGUCACAGGCUGCCUGUUCGUGGCUGUGCAGAACUUGGAGGACUGGGAGGAAGCCGUCUUUGACAAGAGCACAGGGAAGGUUGUUUUGAAGACGUUCAGCCUCUAUAAGAAACUGCUGACUCUCUUCAGAGCAGGCCAUGACCAGGUGGUGGUCCUGCUGCAGGAUGUGCGUGACGUGAGUGUGGAGGAGGAGAAGGUCCGGUACUUCGGGAAGGGCUACGUGGUGGUGCUCCGGCUAGCGACAGGCUUCUCCCACCCCCUCACCCAGAGCGCAGUCAUGGGUCACCGCAGUGACGUAGAAGCCGUUGCCAAGCUCAUCACCAGCUUCCUGGAGCUGCACUGCCUUGAGAGCCCCACGGAGAUGUCUCAGAGCAGUGACAGUGAGGCCGGUGACCCUGGGAGCCAGAGCUGACAGCCCCCGUGUGCCUGCGCCUGAGCACCGCCCACAGAGCCCUCGGCCUCGGUCGGCACCCCCAGUUGAGUCGGCCUCUCGCCUGCUCCUCCUGCCGCGUUCACACCGCGUGGAACAGCAAGCUGGACCUUCUCUGAGGGGCUGGGCGGGGACUCCUGGUGUGGGAAGGGGGCUGCGACGUCAGCGAGUCCUCCGGGAAUCGGACAGCGGCCCGGCUUGGGCAGUUCGGGGUGUGAAGACAAUGGGCUGCAUGGCCUGGACUGGACAGCGCCACCCUCGGCCUCUGAAACAGAAAGGGCACCCAGGCGUUCUCCGUCGUGAGGCCUGGGCCUGCCUUCCUGCAGCCGGAGGUCUCGCCAGCCCUCGACUCCUGCUGUGGGCCACAGCGAGACCUCAGACGAGUAGAGAGGCUGGGCCAGGCCCCCACGGGUGCUGGUGCUGUGCGAUGUCCCCGACAGUGUCCCCUCCCUGCGCGGAUGACCCCGGCGGUCAGGUGCUUCCCCAGGCCUGCCUGGCUGUGCAUGCUGCGGCCACACUGUGGAAGCCGCCCCUCCCCAAGGACCCGCCUCCUUUGCUGAUGCCAGCCUCUUGGUGCACAGACUGCUCUGUCCCAGCUGUCGCCACAGAAAGGUCUCUCUGCUCCACACCCUCAGCCUCAGCAGAAGCUGCUAGGCCAGAAAAAGGGUCAGCUCUUCUAACAUUGUGCGGCGUUUAAAAACUGGGAGCUCCAGCCCGGGACUGCAGUGGCUCAUGCCAGUAAUCCCAGCGCUUUGGGAGGCCAAGGAUUUGGGAGGAUUGCUUGAGGCCAGGAGUUCAAGACCAGCAUGGACAACACAGCAAGAUCCAGUCUUUACAAAAAAAAAAAAAAAAAACCCAACCAAAAGAAACACUGGGAGACUUUCUGCAGAAAUUGAGUUCCAGCCUCAAUUGAACCUGGGAAGACCUGGUGGGGGGAGGGGGCUGGGCUCUCGGCUGCACCCCCGCAGGAGCUGAACCCCAGCCGUCUUGCCCGCCAGUGCUCUUGGUCUCCUGAGGUCCUACCAGGUGCAGUGUGCACCGAGCCUGGUGCCAUGGCCUCCGAGCUGGGGAUUCCUGGGCCCUGUGAGCCCCCAGGCAACAGCCCCAGGAGUGGCUGGUUAGGAACAGGAACGCCUUUGCCCCAGGUCUGGCUGCUGCCUCAGUGACAGCAGACAGGAAAGGGGUGAGACCCUCCUCAGCAGUGGCUGCCAGCCCAUAGCUGGGGGACAUGCUCCCCUGAACAUGCCAAAGUUAUGUGUGUUUUUGUUUUGAUUUUCUUUGAGAUGGAGUUACGCUCUUAGCUCCCAGGCGGGAGUGCAAUGGUGUCAUCUCAGCUCACUGCAACCUCUGCCUCCUG